GUACUGCGUAGAGAUUACUGUAGUAGUGCGGUGUCGGACGGACAAACAACUUACGAGCGGACCUCGGCGCUGUAGACGGGCUCCUCUGCUGAAUUAUAUAGUAUAGUUUAAAUAGUAUAUAAUAUUAUUUAGUUUAAAUUUUUGCUUUCGGCCGUUUGAAAGAUGAAAACCAACCAGAGAAUCAAUUUUUUAAAAUUGUUUGCGCUGAGCCACCUAACUGAUGUUCAGAAAUCCCAUCUAUCGUACGCGGUACGCAAGGACAUUGAAACAAGAGAAAUCGCACGGCUAUAUAGUAAGCGAUUGCGCCGUUGGCUAAAACUAAAGAAGCGGGGAGGACUUAUAAGACCUAAAGGAACCAAAAACAAGGAACAAGAAAAGGAGAUGAUGGAGUGGAUUGGCAAUGUUUUGGGCGAGCCGAUUCCUGAAAGUGUCUCGUACGAGGAUCAUCUGAAGGACGGCGUCGUGCUUUGCAACCUCAUCAACAAGAUAGCUCCCGGAUCGGUGAAAAAAAUACAGACCAAGGGUUCCAACUUCCAGCUGAUGGAGAACAUUCAACGAUUUCAAGCUGCCAUCAAAAAAUACGGUGUACCGGAAGAAGAGAUUUUCCAAACUGCCGAUUUGUUCGAACGCAGAAACAUAGCGCAGGUGACGCUCUGCCUUUACGCCCUCGCUCGCAUUACCCAAAAGCACCCCGAGUACACGGGUCCGGCAUUGGGACCUAAAAUGGCUGAUGCUAACAAGAGAGAAUUCACCGAAGACCAGUUGAGAGCAUCUGAAGGUCACCUCAACCUUCAAAUGGGAUUCAACAAAGGAGCCUCCCAGUCGGGUUUGGGAUCCUUCGGCAACUCAAGGCAUAUGUAAUGAUCAGCAACACGCCCCACAAUUAUAUUAUACAUCUGCGUACUACUAUCACAAUGACAUGCUAUGAUUAUUCAAUUAUAUUUUGUUACACGCGAGGAAGCGACAUUUUUACUAUUAUUUAUCAUAUAUUUUUUUUCCAAAAAAGUUCAUAUUUAUACACAGUUUUUUUUUUAUUAUUAUACACAGUGCCUAUAUACUAACAAAAUUAAUUAUUAAAAUAUAUCAAAGUAUAAUUAUUUACAAAAAA